AAAAAAAAAAAUUGGUAAAACCAAAUCAAUUGUUUGAACUUUUGGUAAAGCGGACUGCAGCGCAGUUCCUGAGCGCCCACUGUUAUUAACAGUUCACCAUUAUGUUAAGAUCUUUAAUGCGUUAAAAACAUAUGUUUUUACACCGCGAACGAAUUUUGGUUAUCAAUUUUGCAAGUGCAUUGUGUGUGGGGCUGCGCGCCCACAAAUAAAAAAGGAAAUAAAUUAUGGCUAAUAGAUUUAACGCAAUGCCGGCUGGCAUGGAGUCCGAUGACGAAGAGCUGGAAUGCAUGUUGGCACAUUUGAAAAUCAAACGACUCGAGGACAUUACAACGGGUGCGGGCAUCAAUGGCGACUUUGACGCCACCUUGGACACGGAAUUUCAAAAGUUCUUCAAUGUAUUUCGCGAGAAAUGGAACAUGCACAGCAAAUGCAAAUCGUCGCCGUAUAUGCGGCAGGAUCUGAUCAAUGCGCUAAUGCGUCAUCCGAAUCCCAUGCUGAUGGCACUCAAAAUCUUUGCCAAUUGCCCAGACAGCAGCAAUGUGAAGAACAAAAGCCUCUCGCACUUUGUGCUGGACACAGUGUGCAAGCUCCAGGCGGAUUUGCCGCAUCUGAGCGAGCAUUGUGAUGAUAAUACCAGCAUGAUUGCCUUUCAUUUUGUGAAGACGACGGGCCUGACGUCGCUCAACAAUGCCAUGGUUCAGGCAUAUCGCAUACAACAGAUCCGUGAACUGCUGGUGCCCAAGCUGCGCGAGAUGCUCGACAAUGGCUACUACAAGGAGGUAGCACAGUGGACACUCAAUUUGCAGCUGACGCAUCAGUUCGAUAUGCUGGAAUUGGCAUUCCCAUUGAUUGCGCAGGAGAAGCUGCCGCUGGCCGAAGAGUACCUGGAUCAGGCGACGCAUCAGCGUCUGCCGUUUGUUAAAUUUCUCGAUUCGCUCUUGCACAAGGACAAGUCCGUCAUAGAGAUGUGCGAGAAUACACUCAGUCGCUACAAAAAUCUGAAGGUAUCGCAUCAUGUGCUCAGCUAUCGCCCGGUCUCAAAGAUUGUGGCCCGGCUGGCCAAAAAAUAUGGCUUCGAUGACACCAUAACGCCCAACUACAAAUUCACAAAGACCUGCAGCUACCUACAUUACCUGUACCGCGAGUACGAGAAGUCGCGCAUCAAUAUGGCCAGCUUCAGGGAACUGGUGCGCCUGCAUGCCUACGACCAUGCUCUGCGCGUGGAUUUUGUCAGCUAUGUGGCGGCGGCUGCAGUGAAUGGGCCACUAGAAUCGGAGGCCAUAUACUGGUACAAUGAAUUUAAGCUGCGCCACGAGGAUUGUCCGCCGGAAAUCAAACCGCUAAUCUCACAAAAGGUGGAGCCGCCGUGCCGUGCAGCAGAGCCGACGACAACGGCCUGUGAAGUGUACCUGGGCAUGGAUCUGCCGGACGAGUGCCUCCUGAUUGUGGACACGGCGUCCACAUUCGAACGCAUGCUGCAGCAUUUGCAGCGCGAACAAAUCAUCUACAUGGACUCUGAAUGGAUGCAGAAUGUGUGCGUACAGAAUCAGCUCUGUUUGCUCCAAAUAGCGACCACACACAAUGUCUACCUAAUCGAUUGCCUGGCCAGCCGCCAGGCGCUGCACGAGGAGCACUGGCGUGCCCUCGGCGCCAACGUGUUCAACAAUCCAAACAUUCUCAAGGUGGGCUUCUCCAUGCUCAACGAUUUGUCGGUGCUGCAGCGUUCGCUGCCGCUCCAGCUGCGCCUGCAUAUGCCGCAUCAUUAUCUGGAUCUGCGCAACGUUUGGCUGGAGCUGAAGAAACGGCAUGGCGUUGAGCUGCCCUUCGGCAAUGUGAAUCGCGCCGGCGAUGCACUCACCGACUUGUCCAUGCUGUGCCUGGGCAAAAAGCUGAACAAGGCCAAUCAGUGCUCCAACUGGGCAAAUCGGCCACUGCGACGCGAACAGAUACUCUAUGCAGCUAUUGAUGCGCGCUGUUUACUGCUGAUCUACGACUGCCUCAUGAGCUGCGUGGCUGAUAUCAAUGUGAUCAUCGAAAAGUGCAUUGCCAGCAACAAUUUUCUGCGACGCGGCGGCAAUAAUGUGAAAUAAAAAUGUGGAUAAUCUCAAAGCACAGUCCAUGAAUUUGAACAUGGAAUGCGGCAACUAUGCACUAUGUUAAAGUUAUGACAAGCGUGAAAGAGUAUUUGAAUUAUAUACAUAUAUAUAUAUAUAGCUAAUAUUAUCCGGGCUUAA